UCGGCUAAAUUCGUUUAGACGCCGUGUAGCAUCUAGCGCGUAGGUAUAUUAUUGUGUGGCUGUUCUUGCUUGUGUCCCUGACAGAAAUCUACUUGUUCCAAGAAAAUGGCAGAUGUUAGCAAAGAAGACCUCGAAAAGGAAAUUGCAAAAAUCCUCAAGAAUGCUAACCUGGCGAAGACCUCCACUAAGAAAGUGAUUCAGAAGCUGGAGAAGGUGUUUGACACCGACUUGGCUGAUAAGAAGAAGGUCAUCGACCAACUCGUCAUGGACUAUGUGAACAGCAAGGGCUCUGAGGAAGAGGAAGACGAGGAAGAAGAGGAAGAGGAAGAGGAGAAGAAGCCAGCCAAGCGCGCCGCACCUCCCGCCAAGUCUUCCUCUAAGAAGGCCAGAAAAGAGAGUACUGAAGAAGAUGAGGAAGAUGGCACCAAUGAGAGUGAAUCAGAGGAGGAAAAGAAAAAGCCAGCCCCAAAGAAGGGUAGAAAGAAGAAGGGAUCAGAUGACGACGACGACUGGGGAAAGAAGAAAGAGAAGGCCCCUAAAGCUAAGAAGGCUGGUGGCCGCGGCAAAGGCGGCGGCUACACCCGCGCGUACAAACUAUCCCCAGCACUCGCCGACCUUAUGGGCGAAGACGAGAUGCCUCGACACGAGGUCGUCAAACGAGUGUGGGCCAUCAUCAAGGAGAAGAACCUCUACGACCCGAACAACAAACAGUUCGCGAUAUGCGACGACGCUCUUUACAAGGUCAUUGGUACAAAACGGUUCCGUACCUUUGGUAUGAUGAAAUAUUUGAAAACGCAUUUCCUUGACGAGUAAUUAUUGUGCUAAUUUAGUAUACAUAUUUUUUACUUGUAAGGCGUAAUUUUAACGUAAUAUAAAAUUAUAUAGUGACCAAAACUUAUUUCGGUUUCGACUUUCCAUUAAUUGAGAAAUAGUAACUGAAACUGAACUUUGGUUUUAUCAUUGAAAUUGAAAUUAAUGAGAAUAAAUAUUAUGGGUGGGAAAUGGGAAUGUGAUUUCAUCAUUAAAUUCGACAACAUUUUCUUUCUCAGCUGUAUAAGGCCGAACGCACUUUGGAUGCGUUUUCGUAUAAUCGUGCGAACGCCUACGACAACGGACGAAUAAUCCCGAUCUUCCGAGUACUAUAAGGGUGAUGAUUGGGUGUAAGUACAACUAACUCGUACCCAGUUUACGCACUUCGAAAACUUAGAAAAUCGAGAUUGUUCGUGCGUUUUCGUAUGUGUUCGCACGAGUCAAAUUCGUACGAAAACAUGCAAAGUGUGCUUGGCCCAAGGCCAAAUUUUGAUCAAGAAAAAAUCAAAAAUUGUCAAAUGGAUCUAAUAAAAUGGUAUUUACUUACAAUAUUUUUAAAAUACGUAAAAUUACUAAUUCAGAACGUAACCUGAUCUUUCGGCCUAGUUUUAGCUGAAACUGAAUUCUGUUUAGUCACUAUUUAAUAAUUAAAAAAAUUGGUAAGAUAGAUUUAUUCAAAAGAAAUAUUGCAAGCCAAUUUCUAGUAGGUAUUUGUCUUUAAAUGUAAUAUAUUUGAUGAUUAAGUAUAGAGUAGACUAAGUUUACCUAAAAAUUAAAAAAAAAUUCAAUAUAAUUUUUCUUGAAUAAGUCACUUGAAAGUUAGUUAUAUAAAAGCUAGGACAUACACAGUUGGUAUGUAAAUAUAUAUAAUAAAAGAAAUCUUCCUAAAUAAUGAUCUCUUUAGACAAAAUUUUCAAAAAGUGGCAUUUCUUUUUUAAAAUAAAAAAAAAGUUCGGGCAGCUUUUAAAAAAAAUUCAACUUAGCUAGUAAGCAUUCUCUAGAAAAAAAUACACGGAAUUUUGACAUACUUAUUUUUUGUUUGCUGUAAUUUAGGUAUCUUAUUUUAGUAAUACUUUAUUUAAUAAAAAUUGUUUUGGUGAUUACUGAUUUUGACAUUUUCUUUUAAUGUAAGUGCACGAAAGUAAAAAAAAAAUUUAACUUGCGAAUAAGACGUAUCGCCCUUUGAUUUAACUAAAGUCAUUUUUUCAUAAAUUUAGUUUUUUAAAUUACAUAAUAAGAAUUCAUAAUACAUAAGAUACAAAAUACAAGUCUAAUACUCGGACUUCACGACUCUAAUUAGUUGAUAAUCGAAAAUGUUAUAUCGUUUGAUGUUUACCCUAUCUUAAUAAGCUCGAAAGAAACGUUGAAUUCCAAAAAAAAAACUUGUUAUUUCCAAAAAAAAAACUUCCAUAGGAAGUUUUUUUUUGGAAAUACUACAAAAAAACCUUAUCUAAUUACUGUACAAAUGGUUCCAAGAAUACUGUUAACCAAAGGUUAACUAGAAGAGAAUACCUCUAGGUUUAAGUUCGCCUUUAUACAUUAUUUUUAUAGAGAGAUAGAACACUUUAUUGCACACAAAAACACAUGUAAAGGAUCACAACACAGAAAGAAGAAAACAGAAAAAACAAUUGUGUGCAAAGGCGGCCUUAUUGCUUGGAGCAAUCUCUACCAGGCAACCUUUUAUGUGCAAUACAAAGGGAAUUACCAUACUUCGGUGUUUGACCAUUGACAUCGCGUAGUCCGAGAUUUAUUCAUUUAUGUAUUUUGAAUGGAGAAGCAUUUCUUGUAAUUAUGUAAUAAGGAGGCUCGUUAUUCUAGUGCGCUAGAUUGUAUGGUUGUAUGCUCAUCCCAGAGGGAUAGAUAGUUUUAAGGUAAAUGAAAAAUAAAAGACUUGCAAAUUAAAA